AUGAAUACAGUUCGAGAAAUAGCUCGUAUUAAUGCAGCUCAAAUUGGAGCAUCAGAAUCAGAAUCAUGGCAUGCACAAUAUAAAGAUAGUGCGUAUAUUUAUAUUGGAGGUUUACCAUAUGACUUGACAGAAGGGGAUAUUAUUUGUAUUUUUAGCCAAUAUGGAGAACCACUUGAUAUCAAUCUUAUUCGAGAUAAAAAAACAGGAAAAUCAAAAGGAUUUUGUUUUUUAAAGUAUGAAGACCAACGCUCGACAAUUCUUGCAGUUGACAAUCUUUCUGGGGCAAAGGUUCUUGGAAGGACGUUAAAAGUUGAUCAUGUUUUGAAUUAUAGACAUCCUAAGCAAGAUAGUGAUGAUGAACAGUCGGGGAAAAUGAUAGGAAUGAAUGCAGCACCUCCAAUUUUAGAAGAAGUUAUACAAGAAGAAAAAAAAGAAGAUUCAGAUGAAGAAUUUUCUAAAGGAAUUGAUCCAGAGGAUCCAUUACGUUCAUAUAUUAUAGAAAAGCGUCGUAAAGAAGCAAGAAGAUUAGAAAAAAAAAAAAAAAGACGUCAUUCAAAAGAUCAAGACCAAAAAACACAUAGAAGCGACCAAAAAGAUAAUUCUAAAAAAAAAACAUGA